AAGCCAUUAGAUGACUGCGCUAUCGACAUUCGAGAACAAGUGACUACCCAGAUUUCGAACAACCGUUAGUAAGCACGGUGUAUCCUCGAGCGACAGCCAAUGCGAUAGUGUUUUCCCUCAUGGACGGAGACUAUGCGCCGCUUCUCUACGUUGGAAUAUAUCCGACAGUAGCGGAAGGGUAAACAAAUACUAAAGUCGGAUAGUACGGUGGCAGCCGAAGCGGCCCUCGCAGUGGAUAUGACACGAGUAUUACUGUGUGUACGCAAACAGAGCAGUAACUACGAUUCGCGUUCAGCUUAGACGACAUCUCUGUGAUUCGUUGCAUCGUGAAAUACGACUAUACAGUGUGCGGGUUAAAUAUGGAACGUAAUAGCAACGGUACCAUUGAGGAGCGGCGAUUAAAAAUAAGAAAGGAAAACGAUACAAUAUUAUUUUACACUAAUAGUGCCUUUUAACCCUCGACCUUACUUCCUUUCGAUGCAGACAAUUGCACCUAGGCUACUUCGAGGUGCAGGUCCCCCGAGCGAAGGCAAAACGCUUUUUUCGGAUAAACGCAUUGUGGUAUUCGAUAGCUAGCAAAAGGGCGGUGCGACAUGCAGGAACGAACGAAGCAAGUAUCAAAUUCUACUGAAAAGCAGAGAAUAAAAUGUAACGUUUUACAAAUAUACGAUUUAAUUAAUGUCAGUGACGUCAGCUUACUGGCGGCAGUAUUCAAAAUCGCGAAGAAACAACUAAUGCUACCUACGUGCUUGUGCUCGUGAAAGAUGUCGGUCGAAAGCUGAAGUUGAUCGACUACGCUGUAUUAUUGUCGACUGCAGCUAAAACAACGUCGCUACGAUAAAAUUAUAUAUGAAGCUCAUCAUAGGGCAGCUCCCAAGAUGGUUGUAUUUGCACGUUGAACGAGAAAAUUCCCUGGGAUAGGGCGUCUUAUUUUUUAUGUACUGAAUGUAAUCCGGUACACUGAUCACUGUCUUUUAGAAAUAACCAUUCAGUUGCUACCGGACAUGAAGACUCUCGAACUAUCUGAAAGGGAGCACAAUGUUAAUAAAUUGGAUGCUUAAACAAACCGUUUGACAUAGUGUAGCCUGAACAUUUCGAGUUUUACGCUGGCAUUUAGUUAUUAGGCCAAGUGUAACCAAUACAAGGCCUAAUAGGCACAUAUAUAUAAGGUAGCUGCUCCAGGCUAUUCUCUAAAUGUUAUAUAAUUAAAUCUCAUGAGAAAAAAUGCAAAAGUUUAUUACGAUUACAAACGUAUCAGUUCUAUUCAUUCCAUGACGCAUGUUAAUUUUUUUUCGGAACUUUAUAAAAACUUCUUACAUCCUUUAAAUAAUGCGACACUCAAAGACUUAACAACAGACCCUGAAAUAUAUAUUUUUAUAUGCUAUUGAGCUUAGUUUAACAGCAUAUCUAUUAUAUAAUGUAUUACCCAUCAGCAGCGAAAAUUUUAAUGAAAUUGACACCUUAGCGUUGGAAGUUUCCUAAUUUCCUUUAAAAACGAAAAAAGGUUCCGUGAAAAUAUGUAUCACCGUAGGAUAAUACGGACUUCAUAAUGGGAUCUGCUAUAAAUAACGUCUUUCCGAAAACAGAACCACAAAAAAAAACUCGAUACCUUCAACAGCAGUUUGUAGGAAUUUGUCCCGCAAGUAUCAAUUGUAUGUAUGAAGUUCGUGAGCAAACCCUUUCACUUGCUUCCAAAAAUGAUCUAGAAUUAGCGCUGUAAGGCAGUUUUCCUGUAUUAGGGAUGGUUUUUCUCUUUUGUCAACCCUUUCGCAUCCUAAAACCUACCGUCCACACCAAACUUCACUUGCAUGGAGAGGCCAAUAACAUUUUGAUUUCGCUAAUUAUUUCUUAUAAAUUGCAAAGAAACACUACGAUUGUAUGAGGGUGGAAGGAUUUAGUUCGAAAGUCGAUCAGCACCAAGCUACACAGCUUGAAACCUAAUUUCUGUAAUAUCUCAAAAACGAUGAAUCCUUUUAAAUUAUUAUUAAGCAGAUCAAAUAUAUUUGUUCGUUAUAUAUAUAUAUAUAUAUAGUAAUUUUUACAGGUGUUUCUUAAACGUCUAUCUAUGUCCUUAUUGAGUUUUUUUUUUAAACGUAACGUCUCUGCAGAACCUGGUAGAAAGCUAGGCAAAGGCAAGUGUGCUUUCAGCAUCACGUGUAAAAGAAUUUAUCGAACAAUUGAAAAUCUAUUGAUGCUUUUAAAUGUUCCACGAAAAAAAAUUGCUAGAGUGCUCGAUAUGUACACAGCCCCCGAGUUUCACAUCCGAUAUUGCCCUAGUUAGGCAUCAAUUGAAAAUUGCUGAUCCUUCCAAGUACGGAACGAUAUACAACCAGUCGCUAGUAGAAAAAUUACACAGUAGAUUGCUAUGGUAUACUUUUAUUUUUGACAAGCUUCUUAACUUAAACUUUAACUGUAUUAAUUUCUUGGCUCGUGUUUUAAAGCAUUCAGCUCUGCAUGCCGUAGCCAUUGGGCAGACUUGAAGAGUAUGCCAUGGAAUUGCAUUUUGUAAUAAAUAAAUACUACACAUUGAAUACAAUGUUCCUUUUAGUAAAAACAAUAUUCCUGCGCGUAGCUGUUGACACUCAACGGGUCAUCCUGCACGAGUUAGAAGUUAAUCAAUGAAUUUGUAGAGGUUUAUUGGACUCUUUCAGUCCGUAAUAAUUUACUUAUUUUUGCAUGUACAACCUACUACUAUUGCAUAUGGCGCAAGGUACUGUGUUAUAUGCUGAAAUAGAAAAUGGUACGCCAGAUAUAUUGCUUGUCGUUGAGCACAUAUCUUGGUGGUGACGGUAGCCUAAUGAUGAUGCGGCAAUGCAGUAAGGCAAGUAUCGGAAAAUGUGCCGUUUCCCUUCACCAUCACAGCGAUAUUACGUUGCUGUUAAAUCCUGGGCCACUUGUCUCUUUCCUUUAUCGGCUGUCUGCUUUACUCAACACCUAGUUGAGCGUCCUUUGGCCUUUUGUUGGCUUGGCUUGAUUUUGGAUUUUUCUUAUCUCAAGUUAAUUAGUUGGGUAAUUUUCUACGACCCUUUCGCGCGCAUCCGCCCUUUCGCCCGGAGUUGCGCUCUGGCCUGAACUCCCACUGCCCAGCAAAGGGCUCUCCGUACCGAGUGUGGUGCGCUCUGCUCAGUGACAUAGGCGCACGGAGGAGAUUCGCAAUAGUUGCCGCAACAGUAAUACGACGGUUGCGGAUCAUUGGCAUUGACACGGUAUCCGCCAAGAGAAGUCUGCAAGUGGAAACAGCUCGAAGCGACGGCGGACAGUAGGUGCGAUACAGGCCAGCGGUAGCGCCAGCGCUGCGUUCGACAGGCCCUUUUAUGCCCGAAGACUUUCGGUUUUCGGCACUACGAUCAACGCUAACCAAUAACAGCGUUCGUACCGUUGAGGGAACCGUUGGCGGGCCAGCGUUAGCAAUCGUGUACGGCAGUGAGUCGGUGCAGGCCCCAUACAGAUUCAGGUGGCAGCAAGCUUAGGUCCUGCAAGACGGCUUGCAUCCUAAGAGAGCACACCGCAAAACAGAAACAAGUAGCGAGCUAAGCAAGCCGAAAUAAGUGCUGCUAAGAGCGGAACUGAGACCCUACCAGCGCUGGGUUAGCAGUCGUGACUGCUCGGAAGUACCCUGCAGUCAUCAUCAGCAGCGGUAGUUCUCAUUUUUGCGGCGGUGCAGAAACCACAGUUGCCUACAGCCUGCCCGUUAGUCAUCAGCAUCUGUGUCGGUUUCGAGGGCGAGUAAUAUAAGGACGCAAGAUAUAGAAAACGCAGGAGAAACGAACUCUCAAACCGAUAGGUCGGCGACGACCGGACCGAGCUGCAAGACACUCAGUUAGUUAGCAAAUGCUGUUGCCUCGCUAGCUACACUUGCAGGUAAGCACAGUGUCCUGACAGAGUUGGUCGAGCGCGUGCCGUACACCUCGCGAGCCGUGAUUGGUUGUUACCUAAUAGCAGCGACGACCCAUUGGUUUGUCCACCGACGAUCGAGUUGUUGACAAGCCUUUUUAGAGCCGCAUUGAAUAGAAAUAUCUUGCUUGACGAAUCGAGCAUAGCAUGUGUGCCGCAAUUGGAUUUGAGCGGGCGUCUUCAAGCGAACCGAACUCGUUCAGUUAGAACGAAAACACGAUUACGCCCGCCACGGAAGGGCUGGCAAAGAUACACAGCCGAAGGACUAGCAAUAGAAUAACGCAACACAUUGUACGCAAGUUGAUUGCCUAAAUACAAUUAUUGAGGCGCAACUACAAUCGCAGGACGAAGUGGCCAUCGAGCUAAGCGGUAGAAGUAGCACGAACAAGGCUCUAGGAGCAAGCCCACGAAGGGCUUUCGUUUGUCUGAAGCCGUUUUAGGGAGACAAUGUGAUCAGCCCUGACGGCGGAUGCUUGUUAAAUAUCGUCGCUCCACAAGCAACAGCAUAAUUUGGGAAUUAAGGAGCCUUAGCUACAUGGUGUAUUCCGUGCAUGUGCGUGCUGUGCGAUAUCUCCGCAUCGAGUGAGCGAUAGAAAGAGCUGCGAGCUUUAGCUGCGUCUACCGAUUGCGCCGUAUAGAGUUACUUGCGGUCGACAGUUUCGGUGGAUCGUUGUGAGUCUGAGUGUCGGUGUUGGGAAUCGUCGGCGUGAAGGAAUAUCGCUUCUUGUUUGUAGAAAUUACGAGUUUCGAUAAAUUUCACCGUUAGUGCGCUUCGUGCUCGACUUACUUGAUUGACGCUAGUAACUCGCAAUUAGUGCAACGUGAAACUGUAGCGUAGUAACUGUGCCUAACCUGCGGUGUAAAGCGCGCGUAAUGAGGGGCGAUUAUUAAUUAUAAGGUGGCGGUGAUUAGUACAGAGGGGUGCAGAAGAGCAUAUACGCGAAGCCCCGGACGGCCGCGGUCCUCAUCGGGCUGUCAUGGAGUACGGCUGUGGAGUACGAAACCGAUAUGAGUUGUUUGCGGAUGAAGAUGGUGGUGAUCCUCUUGAGUUAAUCCAACGCGAAGAGGAGCGUCGAAGAUUGUCGCAGCUCGAGAGAAGCAAAAACAAGGCUGCUGAAGGAGCCAAACAGGCCACUAGUGUGUCAAAAGCGCCACUCACAAACCAUAAUAGAAUAAAUGCCAAGGAAAACUCAAACAAGUCAAACCAGCAGACCGAAGCCCAGAGACCUCGGGAUCAUCGAACUCAGCAAGAUAGCAAUCGAAAACCACGUGACAGCAAUGAUGGAAACCGAAAUUACUCGGGAGAUGACCGGCGUCAGAGAAAAAUAAGUCAAGACGGUAACCAGGAUAGCAAACGAGUAGGCGGAAGGGAUGACAAAGGACUCCGGCCAUCGCGAGGGCCCCGGAAAGAACCUAGCGACAGGGAUCCAAAGGACACAAAAGACCGACCGCCACGGACGGACCGCGACCGGAAUCAUCAGAAUUCGCAGACGACGACAGGCGCCGGUGCAAUGGCUGCCAAUAACAAAACCGAAUUGGGAAAUCAAGCUAGCCAGGGGAACAACUUUGCCUCGAACCCAAAGGCGACGGGUGAAAAUCAGACAUCUGCCGACGGAGCCACCCCCAUAGACCAAGAUCAGAUCGACAGAGCUGCUACUGACACCAAAGAGGAGGAAACACCCGCCGAAGGUGAGGUCGAACCCGAAACUCCCGAAAAGACCCUGGACCAAUGGAAGAAAGAGCUUGAAGCACGUAAAUCUAAGACGACAUACAACGCGGCGAUACGGAAACCGAACGAGGGUGAAAGCUCCGAUCCGAAAUGGGCCAAGAUGAAGAUGAUAAAGAAAAAGAAGGACUCAGAUUCACCCGCUCCAAUCAUUAGCCAUAAGGAACAUCAUCCGGUGACCGAGGACAUGCUAGACGAAGAGGACCGCAAAUUGAAACGACUUGAAGAGACGGUAUCGAAACAGUUUCACUACUUGGACUCACGUGGAAAUACUGGGUCUACUGCGGGCGGGCGUUCGAAUCGCGGGGGCCGUGGUGGAUCGUUCGGGGGCCGCGGUGGGGGCCGAGGUGGGCGUACUGGGCCUGGUGACCGAUCGGCGGGCGGUGGAGAUUCCCGUGGAAGCCGAGGACAUGCCCACAACGGCCAUAAUGCACAGCAGCCCCAGAGCAGGCCCACUCCCCGCGUCGAGGAUCUAAAUGACUUCCCAUCACUCGCUGCAUAAAGUGAGGUCAGCGUUUGGGUAGACUGCAGCGGCAACCUUCAGUGCGCAAUGGCACAGCUCGAAUAGGGGCUUUACGUUAUCUUUUUCAAGCGGCCCAAGACGCCUAAGGGCAAACUUGCAAGUGAAAUCGGAGUUCCAGCCAAUUUUUCACCAAAGCGAGGCCGUUCUAGGUAGACAGGAGAUUAACAAACAAAACGUCGAUAUCGGCGCAAUAAAUGUUCGUUGAGCUAAUACAAGAGCAGAACUAAAAUGUUAUGAAAUUAUAAGACUGUAGACCAGGCUGACAAACCCAAAUUACAUAAUCAUGGCACUAUAAUUACAUCAUAGCUAGAAGGCGCUGCGGCUGGGGUUGCAGUUGCGCCUGCUCGAGUCCUGCUGUCGUCCUAUUUUAGCCGUACACAGAAUAGAAACAACUCUGAGAAACAUAAUUCGUUGUUCCCUGCUUCUGCAUUUCUUUACCACGCAUAAAGCGAUAGUUACGUCGACGGGAAGAUAAUUUGCAGAAUCAUACUGAUGAUUAGGAUCAUGAUCACAUCAAGUACGGUGAUGAUUUCUUUAUAUAUUUAUUAUAUAUAAUUAUACGAAUACAAAACAAAAAAAGAAAAGCACGAAAUGAUACGAAUAAGAGUGCUAUCAUACUAACGCUAAGGGAACAGUUAAAACAUGCUUAAAGAGUGUCACAGGAAUCGUAAUGACAUCGCGAGGCGAUUCAUAGAGCUCGAAGGGUUCGCGAGCACAGCGAUAGGCUUUCGCGCGCUCCCGAUGCGCGCUAAACGCUGACGAUGAUGAUGAUAGUGAUCAUUUGUUUCUGCUUAAAGAAAGACGGAGUAGAUGCUGUUUUUUGCUUUUUUUAGGGAACAGGAAAAUCGGCGAGGCUCGCAAGGAAGAUAUGGAUAGUUAAGACAAUAAUGAAGAACACACGCAUACUUACUUCUACUAUUAUAAUUACUAUUACUAUUAUUACUGUGAAACAACACAAACUGACGUAAUACCUCAGCUGUACUCUAUAAUUACUACUGCUCUUAUGAUAUAGCAACAAAAAAUAAUAAAUAACAAAAUAGAAGAAAAUUCAUCGUGAGCGAGAUGCGAGAGAACGGGAAAAAAAAGCGAAACUGACAAUUAUCUUCAUGGCAACGUAGAGGUAGAAGAGGGCAAACAGUGACAGCGCGCAAGUGUAUUAUUGAUUGAUCAUCACAACUCAACAGACUCCAGCAGAUCCCAUAGCCAAAUCCCAUAUUCUGUAUUGGCCGCCUACCGAUGUUUUUAAGCCCCAUUUGCAUCGGCGAAAAUAGACCCUGGGGUUCACUAGUCACCGUUCCACGGUGCUGAUUAGCGUUAAAAGAAACGAGCAAAACCAGCGGGAACAGUGAUGCGUACUAAUUAUAGACGGUGAGACAGGAGCGGGCUUUCGCGUAAAAUACUUACUAAUUUUUUUAAAAAAUUGUUUGUUUUCUGGCAAAGCGUCGAAAGCUGAGCUAUAACGGGUCAAAGAGUGCCGAUGCAAGUGUGAUUUUCAGUUCUAAUUUAUAAGGUCAGAAAAGCUAGAUGAGAAAGGCAUGCGGAGAGCAUGAGCACACAGUCGAUUAUUAGCAGCUGCGAUUAUGUAAGAGAAUAGACAGAACAAUGAUAAACAAAUAAUAGAUAAUGAUACCAUAGAAGACAAAGAACAGCUAUGAAAGAGGUUGGUGUUAUCUGACCCGAUGUCACAAAUGAUGAGAUCAGAACGGGGAGAAAUGCUUAUGAGGACUUUAGGCCUGGAUUUCUCGCGGACGUGGUGAAAAACAGCAUAGCCAAUGGAAGAGUCACUGAAAAAGUAAAAAGAAUUACGUAUUUUUUUCUUCAUCGAGAUAUAAGGUAAGGACAACAACAGUAAUAUCAAUAAUAAUAACAAUGCAAACAAAAAUAUUGAUAAAAAUAGAAACACCGGAAGAAAGGCCGCACGUAGCUGGUGGCGCGAAUGCUGGUUGGUCACCCUGUCCAAUAAUAUCAAUAAUCAACUGUAACUACUUCACGAAUGGAAAUAAAUAGUAUAUCACCUGCAAACCGCAAUAGAGGCGAGUGAAAACGAAAAAAAUACAUCUUAACAGUCAUUCAUAAAAAAUGAAAGAAAAGAAAGGCACGAAAGAAUAGUUAAUAAUGAAAAAUACAGAACAGCAAAAAAUAAACACUAAUACAGAUUCAACAAAGUCAUCGUUCUGGUCCGUUUAUCUUUGUCUCACGCUUCUGAACGUGUUUAGGUGUUCGAAUCAUGUACCUUUAUUGAUUUUUUUCGUAUAAAACAUAAAAAGAAUAUUAAGAGAAGAGUAAUUGACGAAACUGAUGCGAAGACAAAUAUAGCCAUAGCAUAAACAAAAUGAUGACAAAAGACAACGAGGCCUAAAAGCAACAAACAACAACAACCCGUCUUGAGUGGGUGCCGUGUUGAAUGAAUUGACCUCGCCGCAAGCCGAAUGAUAUGGAUGCAUCUAUAUAACCUACCGUAUAUAUACACGUGUAUGUCUAUGUUAAUGUCGAUGCAAAAAAAACCAACUAUGAAGCUUGCCACAUAUUGGCCCAGUUGAGCCAAUUUGGUAUAUAUCUCAAAAUGUGAACGACGGUUGCUUUCGUUCUACUUGGCAGCUUUGACACUCGCAGCAAAAGUUAGAUAUGACGUAUAAGCCUGAAUGACCUUUCAAGGCUGUCAAAAGGAAAAUAUAAAAGAUCUAGAUUGGAAUGGCAGCAUGUCAAAAAACCUGUUCUUCCAAAAAAAA